ACUACACAUAUUACAGCGUCCCAAUGUGCUUGUCGAGGUGCUUGCAUUAACUGAGCGAGGAUAUUGACGACAGUAACUCAAUUCGGGACGAGCCAGGGCUAGAUAAAUAAGCAUGAUCAAUAAAACCACUAAAGCCACAUUUUGAAAUGAUAUUAAGUCAAUUUUUCAUAUGCGAGAGAGGUAUGCCAUCUGGUCCACAAACUAUUUCUAUGCCCAAAAAGUAUUUCAAAAUACCAAAAUCUAUAAUGAGAAACAUGUGCUGAGAUAAUCUUUGAACUUGUGAUCACCAAAUCAUCAACCAUAUAUAAGGAUACGAAGGACAGUACUGCCAAAACCCCGAAUGAAUAACGCAAUAGAGAGCUUUGAGAACCAACAACGAGGUGCUUGACAUAGCCCAUAUAUGGAUUUGUGCAGCCUACAUACGUGAAAGGAAUUCGAGGGCUGAAAACCUGGUGCAUGUUUCAUAUAGAUUUCUACCUUAGGAUUCAUCGUGUGUAGAAAACCGCCGUGGACAUCCAUUUGAUGAAGUUUCUAACCUUUUAGUGGCUGCAACUUCAAGAAGUAUCUGAAUCGUAUUCAUCUUUAUGACCAGUGCAAAAUAGUAUCCUCUUUCUUCUUGAAAAUUUCCCAUGACUACCAAUCUUGCCUUAUGAUGCCCAACAGAACCAUCAACAUUAUACUUGAUACGAUAAACCCAUUUGUACAUUUCCAGGAGGUAAGUGUUAUAAGGACCGUGUCUUAUGCUCCUCAAGAACGUCCACUUAUGUUUCCAUUGCUCAAGUCUCCAUGCCAAACUUUGAGCUUCACUACAUCACUAAAGUGAAUAGGUUCAUCUCCGAGAGUAAUGGCAGCAAGGAAAGCUAUGUGACGUUGGAGAAGCCAUUGUUAGUUCAAAAAUAGCAAUGGGAUAGAGAGACGUAUCAGAAGAAGCUGAUGUGGAGUGAGUGGAGUCGAGAACAAUGUUUAUAUCAAAUUAAGCAGAGUAUGUCACAUAUGGCUUAAGAUGAGUAGAAGGAAUCUUAUACCACAUGCCUCUGCCAAGUCGGUAAGUUUGAGGAAUAUAUUGUUGUGGUCCAAGCCGAUUUUUAUCUAAAGGAGUGGUAUCUGUUCAGGAAGAAAUUUCGGGUGUCGGAGGAUAUCUUUAAUUUGAACUCGAAGAAUGGAUUAUGAUUAUGCUCUUCCAAAGUUUCAGCACUCACUCUGUCAUUGUUAAUUCAAAUAGGGAUAGCAAUGUCUGAGAUCGUCGAAGACCUCAACCUGUGGAGGAGAAGGAGAAACUUGUAUGAUUGACGAAGGAGCAUAAGGACUGUUUGAGGCAAAAGUAAAUGAUGUUUCUGGAAACAAACAAAUAAUUUCCUUUGGGUCGAAUACUCGCCAGCCGCUUUGACCAAGAGUGUACAAGAUGAAAAUGCGAGUGUGAGCUGUUGAUCAUCUAAAUUCCCAACAAAUGGGGAUUGCUCAUGGACCCAAUUGGUGGAAACGAUGCAAUUACAAUCCUCAAUGACAUUCUCCAACUUUUUUUUUUUUUUUUGACAGCGACAUUCUCCAACUAAGCCAGCCAUAUAAGGGACAUCACCUCCAAUGCCCAAUCUCCUCCUCAAUCAAUCUCCUAUGCACCAUAAAAUAUACUAUACCCAUCAAGCAUUAAUGAAUAUGUGAAAAGACCAAAAGGACAUAUUUUAAUUGGAACCAAGAAUGUCCCAAACCAAAAUCGGCAUCCAACAUAACUCGGGUUUGGUCGGAUCUGAAUUGGAUUGGUCUGUAAAAAAAAUUAAAAGUGGUUCUUAUGUUUGUUGGUUUGGUCUAAAAAAAAAGAAAAAAGUGAAUCCCGAUUCUCCCCGAGCUCCCCUCCCCCCAGACCACCCAACCUACAGCUCCUCCUGCAGCUCCUCCUCCACUCUCCCCCUCCUCCACUCCUCCUCCACUCCUCCUCCACUCCUCUCUCUCUCAGCUUCUCGAACGCUGCCGGACACAAUGAGCAAUCACGUCAGAGAUAUACCUGGUAGUCCGAAAGAGAGCUACAAGAUGUUGUAUAGCUAUUUGUACAUGUUAGAGCAAGUGAAUCCGGGGACAAAAACCUGUUUGAAAUUGGAUGAUAGAAGUAAAUUUGAGUACCUUUUCAUAGCUUUGGGAGCUUGCAUUGAAGGGUUUGCAGUUAUGAGGAAGGUGAUAGCUGUGGAGGGGAUACGUCUGAAGAACGGUGGUGUUUUAGUUUUCGCGAAAGCUCAGGAUCCUAAUGGUCAGAGUUAUCCACUUGCGUUUGCAGUAGUAGAUGGUGAGAAUCUUGCUAGUUGGACUUGGUUUUUCGAGAUGCUUAAAAGUGUUAUACCAGACUCUUCUGAACUGGUUUUCAUUAGUACUCUUCAUCAGAGCUUGAUUUUCGCCAUAGGAAACGUAUUUCCACAGGCUCACCAUGGUCAUUGUUUAUGGCAUUUGAAGGAAAAGGUGAAAUUACAUGCUUGUAACGUCAACAAGAAUAUAGUCGGGCAAAAACUUAUGGAGUUGGGCAGAUAUUACACGGUUGAUGACUUCAAUUCUGCUUACGACUCAUUUAAGAUAAGAUGUCCAGCUGCGUACAAGUAUGUGGAGGAAUGUGGUAUUGAAAAGGACAAAUGGGCAAGGGUUUUUUUCCCACGUGAUAGGUACAACUUGGAUACAAGCAACACUCUGGGAUCAAUGAAGAACGUGUUUAAAGAGGCAACAAGGUGGGCCUUAAUACCAAUGCUGGAUUGUAUCAUUAGGAAAUUCUCUGAUUGGUUCACUCAACGGAAGGAUGUUGUUUCUAGAUCAAUGAAUACAAGACUGGUGCCUCGGGUUGAGAACUACUUGCACGAUCUAUGGGCUGUUGCACAUAAGUUACCUGUGCGGGAACUUGAUAGUUACGAGCUUAAGUACGAGAUCACUGACACUGCAGGAAAGGUGUUUUGGGCGACCUUGGUUGGAAAAACUUGUACUUGCAAGGUGUGGGACUAUGAAAAGUUCCCUUGUCUGCAUGGACUGGCAGCUUAUAUCUAUUUCGCUAGGAAUGUUGAUGGCAGGCGCCUUGAUAUCCAUGAGUUGUGCUCAAAAUACUACUGGACGGAAAUGUGGCAUUUGGCGUAUUCCAGAACACUUAAUGUUGUGCCCGACAUGGCUUCUUGGAAUGUACCAGAUCAGAUCAAGGAGGUGAAGAUCAUACCUCCAUAUCGCAUCAAGCGGCAAGGAAGGAAAAGAGUUUAAAUUUGGAUGAAUUUGGAGUAAUGCAUAUUUCGAGUAAUGCAUUUGGGUACUUGAUUUUGUGGC